GAAUGAAUUCCCAUACACACACUUUAUCAAGACCCCGACAAGUAUGGCAUCGGCUGGGGGUGAGCGCUUGUCGAGCAGCGACUUCAAGAAGAAGCGCGAGAUUGAGGAGGCGCGCAAGAACGGCACACUGCCCCCUGAGCAGGAUGCGGACGGCAACCUUAUUAACCCGCACAACCCCGAGUACAUUAGCAAACGACCGUGGUAUCUGGGCGACUCGGGGCCGUCGCUUAAGCAUCAAACGCUGCAGCAUCAGGCGCAUCUACUGUCCAUCCACGAGGCCGAUGAACUUUACCUUAAGGGCAGGAAACAGCAGGCUGCGGCAUCGAGUGCUGGACGACAACGUAAGUGGCGCAAAGGUGCAUGUAAGAACUGCGGCGCCAUGAGCCACAAGACCAACGAGUGCGUCGAGCGGCCACGCAAAGUUGGCGCCUGGAAGACCAAUAAGGAUCUCAAAAGCGACGAUAUGGUCGUGGACGUACGCUCCGAGAAGUUCGGCAAGCUCGCGUUCGACGCCAAGCGCGAUCAGUGGCUGGGCUACGACCCUAAGGACCACUCCAAGACCGUCGAACGGUACGAGAAGGUGGACGCCGCUCGCAAGAAAUUGCGUGCCGAAGAGAUCAAUAAAAAACUGAAGGAAUCCGCAGAUAAGAAGAAGGAGAAGAAAACACGGACGAAGGCUAAAGACAAAGAAGGAGGCAAGUCCAACUCAGACUCGGACUCGGACUAUGAGUCCGACAUGGAGUCAGAGGACGAAGAAUUCCGUGAUCAUGAUGAAGGACCCAUGUUUACCGAGCGUGUAGCGCGUCAGGGGGGAGUUGGAGGUGCUCAGAUGAAGACGACGGUGCGCAAUCUGCGUAUCCGAGAGGACACAGCUAAGUACUUGCGCAACUUGAACCCGAAUUCUGCCUACUACGACCCGAAGACGCGCUCUAUGCGCGACAAUCCCAAUCCAGAGCUGAAUCCUGAAGACACGACGUUCGUUGGCGACAACAUGACCCGCUUCACGGGCGACGCACAGAAGUUAGCGUCUGCACAGCUGUUCGCAUGGGAAGCUUACUCCAAGGGCACAGACAUCCACCCCAUAGCGAAUCCCUCCCAGGCUGAGUUUUUGAAGAAACAGUAUGAAGAGAGGAAGGCUGCGUUGGAGAAGGAGAAGAGCCGUAAGAUUCUCGAUAAAUACGGCGGUCAGGAAUACCUGGAAGCGCCACCCAAGGAGCUUCUGUUGGCUCAGAGCGAGCACUACGUCGAGUACUCACGUGACGGCCGUGUGGUUAAAGGCCGUGAACGAGCUCCUGUACGCUCCAAGUACGUCGAGGACGCGUUCGAGAACAACCACACUAGCAUUUGGGGCUCUUGGUUUGAUCGGACUGAGAUGGCAUGGGGAUAUGCCUGCUGUCACUCGAAGGUGCGUAAGUCUUAUUGCACAGGUGAAGACGGGAAGAAGGCGAUUGAGGAAUCCAAGACAACAAAAACAGAGCGAGCGAUGUUGAAAAUCCCAGAGAAGAGCGAGACUGAUGGAUCAGUUGCUACUCAGGCUGGUGGUGUCAUCAGUAAGCGCAGCGAAAUGUAUGGCGAGAAUAUCGCUCCUGAGCUGGAUGAAAUGAAACUCAAGAAGGCCAUUAAGAAGGCAGCCAAAGAGAAGAAGAAGCAAGCGGAACAGGACGACAAGAAGCGCAAGUAUAAUUCUAUGGGCAACUACGAGGUCAACGCGGAGGAGAUGGAGGCGUAUAAGUUACUUAAGACCCGCGGUGAAGACCCGAUGGCCAACGUUCUUGGCAACGAUGUACUGCUUGACGAAGAGCAAGACAACGGGAAACGUGCAAGGCGCUAAUACUAGCAUUAAAACACGCAACUCGGCGUGAUGGUUAAGUUGCGCGGGGUACGAUAUCCCAUCAAUAGUAGCAAGCCUUUUGGAACAGAGGGCAUCGUCUAAGGGAAGAGUUGGUCCAGGAUCUGGAUGGUCUCCUCCGGGUUCUUGACCGCGUGGCCGACAGUGCGCUCGCUCGUGUAGAUCUCAAAGUCGUUGCCGCCCUGCAACACGACAGAUAGGAUUAGUCAAAGUACUUGACCAUAGGAAUUGCACUGAAUUAGCCUACCUUGUGGGUCUUGUCACCGAAGAAGUGGAUCUCAUCGUAGUCCUUCGCGUCCAGGUAACGCAGGCAGAAGGUCUUGUCCCAGCCCUGUAAUGAUGCACAAAUCGCUCCAGUGAGUCAGUGAUGGUCGUAUAAUAGACGAACGCAGCCAGUCUUACCUGCGGGAACACAUCGAACGAGAUCUACGAUCGAUAAUGACAAGAAAUUACCAGAUACAUCAUUAGAUUCGACAAUCACAAGCACAAC